AGUUAAAGGUUCGUAGCCGCUGCAAAACACACAUCUCUCUCUUCUACUUCCUCCUCACGGGAGCCAGUUUUCAGUCACAGAAGUGUGACCUGUCUUGCAUAAGCCAAUUGAUUUCUACUUGUACCUUGUUAUCUAUGGAUUUUGCAAGGCAGGACACCUUCUAUGUCUGAUCUCUCUCCCUCUCUCUCGAUCUCUCUCUCUCUCCCACCUCUCUCUGUAUAAUUCAGAGCAGUUUAUCUGUUAUAGAAGUGUGACCUGUCUUGCAUAAGCCAGUUGAUUCCUUCGUGUGACUGUAAUUUAUGGUCUCUGCAAGGCAGGACGCCUUCUAUGGUUGAUCCCGCUCUCUAUUGCCGAUAUGUAUCUUCACGUGCUCUUGAUUGGAUUCCUGAUGACCCUGGGAGUUGCAGUUUUGUAUGGAUUUGUCUUGCCAUCUGUUGAGCUCAUAUACAAGAAAGCGAAACAGACCGUCACUUAUUCUUUAGUCAUCGAGAUGCAGAUCAUCAUAUCUCUUUCUGCUACAAUCCUCUGCGUCGUUGGGAUGGUAAUCAAUAAUGAUUUCCAGGCGAUCCCUAGAGAAGCUGCGAGUUUUGAGCUUGGACAAACGAUGUAUUAUUUAGUACUAGCAGCAGAUGCAUUUCUUUGGCAGCUGUUUUUCUUGGGAGCCAUUGGAGUGAUUUUCUGCAACAACUCAAUACUCUCUGGUAUACUAAUUUCGGCUCUGCUACCUGUUUCGGAGAUCCUGGCUGUAUUUAUGUUCGGUGAGAAAUUUACACCUGAAAAGGGAAUAUCUCUUUUUCUUGCUCUUUGGGGCUCUGUAUCCUACUUCUAUGAAGAGGCUAAACAAGACAAGGAAAAGAAACGCAUUGCAGAACACGAAGAAAAGGAACUGGAGCGUAUUGCACAAGAUGAAUAUCAGUUUACGGAUAUUACUCAGAUAGUAUUGCAGAAGUAAAACUAGCGAAAACAAUGUAGUCUUGUUAGUUUUUUAUUUUUCUAGUAGCUGUAGCUAAUUAUGAGUUAUGAAAAUUUCUGGAAUCUAUUGAAAUUAUGGUUCAUGAAUUCGAGAGCAUAAACUGAGUAGCUAAUUAUUGCUACUCAGUUGGCUUUUACGGCUGGAUUUGCGUUUCUUCUGGUUAGGCAAAAGUUUACCAGCUUCACCAUCAAUGCUGUCUUUUUGUUAUGUAUUGGAGCUGUAGUUCUUGCAUUUCAUACUAGCUCUGAUCGUCCUGCUGAUGAGUCCAACAAGCAAUACUUUUUAGGCUUCUUUAUGACUCUUGGAGCAGCCGCAUUGUAUGGAUUUAUACUACCAGCGAUUGAGUUAAUGUGCAAGAAGGCUAAACAGCCCAUAAACUAUUCUGUGGUCAUGGAGAUGCAGGUGGUUAUGUCAUUCUUCGCCACCGUUGUUUGUGCAAUAGGCAUGCUGGUAAACCAUGACUUCACGGUAAAUCUCAUCACUAGUAGAUAAGUACUACUGAAAUAUAUCAUAAAAAUAUAUCAUAAGAUCCAUUCGAGAUCUCUCUCCCUCUCUCUCGCGAUCUCUCUCCCUCUCUCUCUCUCGAUCUCUCUCUCUGUGUAUAAUUCAGAGCAGGUUAUCAGUUAUAGAAGUGUGACCUGUCUUGCAUAAGCUAGCUGAUUCCUUCGUGUGACUGUAAUCUAUGGUCUCUGCAAGGCAGGACGCCUUCUAUGGUUGAUCCCGUUGCCGAUAUGUAUCUUCACGUGCUCGUGUUCUUAAUUAUAUUUUAAAAUAAUAUCAAAUUCGAAAAAUCAACGAUUUGUUUUCGAUUUUCCAAGAAACCAAUAUUAACUUUAAAGAAACGGUGAUUUUAUUGUAAUUUAUCUCGGUUAUGGAAUUGCAUUCUGGUAUCCAGUACACGUUUUGCAUGUACAGUCUUUAAGAAAA